AGUCGAACAAAGUAUUUUGCGUUUGAUACAUCACAUUUGAUUACAGUCUAUUUUGAAGCCUGUUAAUUAAGUUGAAUUUUAAUUACUGACGUUUGAAAGAGGAAAUUUUUUGAUUUUUCAACUAGAUGUUAAUGAGGAUAUUUAGUAAAAAUGGGAGCUCAAUCGAAAACAAUGAUGUAUAUUGUCCUAUCAAUAUUCAUGAUUCAUACUGCCGCUGCUGCUGCUACUGUUGCUGCUGUUGAUGCUGGCCCUGACUGUCGAAUAAACGAUUUUCAAAGUUAUACAGCUUUUAUCAAAGACUGUGAUUUGGUGAAAACUCUCACAUUCAACGUAAUCAAAUGGGAACCGAUUCCACAGGAUUUGGUCAAUCAAACUCGAUCGAUAACUACGAUUGAUGUGAAUAAUCGAUCCCUUGAGAUAAUCGACGAAAUUGGAUUUUGUGCGUGGCCAAAACUCACAACCCUCAAUGCUGGACGGAACAACAUACUAGCGUUACCAUCUGAUCUGCUUGCCAAUUGUCGUACGCUCAACAGUUUAUUGCUGUCCAAAAAUAGCAUCAGUCAAAUUGACGAAAAUGCAUUCCGAAAUCUGCCAUUUUUGACAGAGCUGGACCUGUCGAGCAAUCAAAUUGAAUCACUCGAUGACAACGUUUUCAUAUCAUUAAUCUCGUUGAAAACGCUGCGUUUGAAUAACAACAAAAUUCAAGCGAUAAGCAACGAAAAUUUCGAUAUCACAGUGAAGCUAGAAACAUUAGACCUGAGUUACAAUUCAAUCCAAACAAUUGAAGAGGGUUCAUUUUGGAAUUUAAGGAAAUUGGUCACACUGGAUAUGUCUCACAAUCCAGAUUUGAGUACGCUGGAUUUAACGCGAAUGGAUCGAUUACAAUAUGUGAACAUUGAUAGUGCUUCGUUGGAGCAAUUGAAUAUACCGGAUAGUGUGGUGACGAUUGGCGCUAAUUUCAAUAAAAUUACGAAACUGUUCAUUGAACCAAAUGGCAUCUUGGAAGAGUUAUAUUUGCGAAAUAAUUCCCUUGCAAAUCUAAAGAAUUUAUCAAUAGCAGAUCAACUAACUGCAUUGGACAUUUCCUAUAACAACAUCAGAGAUGUCGAUUUCACACCCUUGUGGACAACACAAAUACAACGGCUCGUAAUUCUGGGAAAUCCAAUUCGAAAGUUCAAUGUGAGUACCUUGAUUGAAUUACCACUUCUUCAAACCGUCGAAAUUUCCACCGACUCACUUGAUAAAGAAACGCUAACUGCUUUGGAAGAUGGAACAACUUUGCUGUAUAAUUCAGUACGAAGGUCAAAUAAAAUACCGGAGCGACGCAAUGUUGUCGACAUAACCGAGUCUACAUAUGCGCCAAGCACAGAAUCGUCGAAUGAAAAUACGACUGAAACUCCAACUGAAACUCCAAGCACGACUGAAGCUACAAAUGAUAAAACUAAGGCGGGUAAAAACAUGAUAACUGUUAAAACAACGUCAAUUGCAACCAUUUCCACCUCUUUUAAGCCAGCUACAGAAAAUGACAUAAAGCCUGACCUACUCUCUUUAAAUCAUGGCGUAAAACUAUUGGAACGCAUCCAUCAGCUGGAGUCAAAGCUGGAAAGUUUGUCUGAAAGACAUAGUCUAACCGAGCGAAAUGUGUCAGAUGUUCGAUUUUUGGUUGUUUUUACGAUGAUCACAUUUUCACUAUUUAUUUCUCUCCAAAUUGGAUUGUUUGUUUAUCAAAACUACAAAAAGUGGAAUAUUCCAAUCAAUAUCUCCAUCCCAAAUGUCAUUGCUGCUUCACAGAAUGAAAAUUCGAACAAUCGACGUCGCCAAACCAGUGUCGAUACCACCAUGGAUCCCAUUAUUGAGGAUGUUUUUUAGUUUGAAGGAAAAAAUGACGAUGUAGUUUUAUCAACAAGCGAAUAUGGUAACGGAAAAAAUGCUUUUGAUCCAAAAUGUAUGACGACUAGGUGCCAAUAAAUGAUUUUCGUUAUAAA